GAAAAUUUCACCACGAGGUGUAGGGGCUGUAAAGUAAAAUACCUUUCAACAACUCCCGUGCUUAAUCAAGCAGGGGAUCACCAUUAUGCCAACAAAUAACCCUCUCCCACCUAAAGAAUAUGCACUUUUCAAAAGGAUUUUGAAAUGUUACGAACAAAAGCAGUAUAAAAAUGGAUUGAAAUUUGCAAAGCAGAUUCUAUCAAACCCCAAAUUUUCCGAACAUGGGGAGACUUUGGCGAUGAAAGGUCUGACCUUAAACUGUUUAGGAAGAAAAGAGGAAGCAUAUGAACAUGUUCGUCGAGGAUUGUUGAAUGAUCUUAAAAGUCAUGUGUGUUGGCAUGUGUAUGGUCUCUUACAGAGGUCUGACCGCAAAUAUGAUGAAGCAAUAAAAUGUUACAGAAAUGCACUGAAAUGGGACAAGGACAAUAUUCAAAUAUUGAGAGAUUUAUCUCUCUUGCAAAUUCAGAUGAGAGACUUGGAAGGCUAUCGCGACACCCGUUAUCAGCUUUUGGUUCUCAGACCUGGUCAAAGAGCUUCUUGGAUUGGCUAUGCAAUGGCUUAUCAUCUAUUACGUGAUUAUGAUAUGGCUCUUAAAAUUUUAGAAGAAUUCCGGAAGACUCAGGUUCCCAAGCUCAUGGAUUAUGAACACAGUGAAAUGCUGUUAUAUCAAAACAUGGUUUUACAGGAAGCUAAUAUGAUUGAAGAUGCAUUAGAACAUUUACACUCGAACGAUAGUCAAAUAGUGGAUAGGCUGUAUCUUCUGGAGACUCGAGCUGCAUUGUUUCUCAAGUUAAAGAAAAGAGAAGAAGCUUGUGCUCUCUAUAAAAUCUUAGUUGAACGUAAUCCAGAAAAUAUGGCAUACUAUAAAGGAAUGGAAGGAUCUAUGCAUCCAGAUGCAACAAUAAAUGAUCGAUUAAAAUAUUAUAAUGAGGUUUCUACAAAGUUUCCUAAAGCUUCCUUACCAAAGAGAGUGCCUUUAUCAUUCACUAUGGGUGAGGUGUUCAAGACUCAGAUUGACCAAUAUUUAUGUGCUGCUUUGCAUAAAGGGGUUCCACCAUUGUUUAUUCGUUUGAAAGAACUUUAUAAAUCUCCAGAAAAAGUUAAGAUAAUCGAAGAUCUCAUACAUGGUUAUCUGGAUUGCUUGAAGUCCCAUGAACGUUUCCAUUUAAAUCAGGUUGAGAAGGAGCCUCCAACGGCGCUUUUAUGGGGAUAUUAUUACUUAGCUCAGCAUUAUGAUUUUUUGAAACAAACAAAGAAAGCCUUGGAACAUGUUAAUGCAGCUCUUGAACACACUCCGCUAUUAAUUGAACUGCAUGCCCUAAAAGCUAAAAUUUAUAAGCAUGCUGGUGAUAUGGAAGAGGCUGUCCGAUGUAUGGAUGAAGCUCAAUCACUGGACACUGCUGAUCGAUACAUCAAUUCAAAAUGUGCUAAAUACAUGCUACGAGGCAACUUAAUUCAAGAAGCUGCUGACAUGUGUUCAAAAUUCACUAGGGAAGGUGUAUCUGCAAUGGAAAAUUUAAAUGAGAUGCAGUGUAUGUGGUUCCAAACUGAAUGUGCUGCAGCUUACCAAAGGUUAGGAAAAUGGGGUGAAGCUUUGAAAAAAUGCCAUGAAAUUGAUAGACACUUUACUGAAAUUAUUGAAGAUCAGUUUGACUUCCAUACAUAUUGUAUGAGAAAAAUGACAUUAAGAGCUUAUGUAGGACUCUUACGUUUGGAAGAUGUACUUAGAAAUCACCCUUUUUAUUUUAAGACAGCUCAUAUCGCUAUUGAGAUAUAUUUGUAUCUUUAUGAUCACCCUCAGUCUGAAAUCGAAAAAGACAAAUCUAUAGACACAGAAAAUUUAUCACCUAGUGAACUUAAGAAAUUACGCAAUAAACGACGUAAAGCCCAGAAGAAAGCUGAACUCGAGAAAGAGAAACAGAGAGCUGAGAUGGAAAAGAAAGAGCACCAAAACAAAAAUAAAGCUACUGAUGGAGAGAUGGAUGGACCAAAAGAGGAAGAACUAAUACCAGAAAAGUUGGUCAAGACGAAGGAACCAUUAGAACAGGCUGUGAAAUUCUUGAAACCUUUACAACAACUGGCACAAAAUAGAAUAGAAACGCAUUUAUUAGCUUAUGAAAUUUUUUCCCGGAAAGGAAAAUUGUUACUAAUGUUACAGUCUAUAAAACGAGGACAUAAAUUAGAUCCUAACCACUAUCUUUUACAUGUGUGCAAAAUGAGAUUCUUGCAAAUAGUCAAGAAGAAAACUCAAUUGCCCGAAAGUAUACAGACUGUUCUUGACCAAGAAAUGCAGUUGAUUUAUGGCAACAAAGAUGCAAAAACACUGAACGAAGAAUUCUUAAGUAAAAACAGCAAAUCCAUGCCCCAUUUAGCAUCAGGUGCUAGGAUAAUGUAUGAACUUGACCCGUCAACAAAAGACAAAGCUGUUGCAUUAGCCAGUUCUUUGUCGAAUGACCUCGAGGGUUGUACUUUGGAGCAUUGUUGUGAAGUUCUGAAAACAAUGUGUCGAGGAGAAUUUGGUAAAUUGGAUAAAGAAAUUCAGGAUUACCAGCGCCUAUGUCACAGCAGAUUCUCUGUUGCAUCAGCUUUCAUUGUGCCUGUGUGUUCAUCACAAACCACUAGUGAACAGAUUGUCACCAAUGGAGCUCCAUCAUAAAGCAACUUGUGUCCUAACUCUGCUGCUGCUGCUGCUGUUGCCAUGCUGCCAACAAAAUUUCAGCCAACCCAAAAAUGCCUGCCUGCUCAGACUCAGUUAUGUCCCCCUUUUGAUGGUUUACCUGCCAUCAUUAUAAAUAUUAACAACUUUAAUAAUCUCUAUUAUGGCAACUAAUUGUGUUGAAAAUACAAAUAGAGAACAGCUACUUGUUUGUGCACACUGUCAUCUUUCUAUAUCAUAGAAAGCUUUUUAUCAAAUGAAGUUGAGUUUUGAUACAAGGCAGGGAUAUAAGGAUUGACUGUUUUUUAAUUUAUCCAGACUCCACUCUUUUGUGAUAAAAAAAAAAAAAAGAAAUCUAGGUCAAGAGCAUUACUCCCCCACCCUUUGCCAUUUUGCUGAUUGUGCUGAGUUGACCACCAGUUUAGCAUGUGGUGUGCUAAAAUAGUUUUCUUCUUUAGAUUGCUUCAUUAUUUGGACUAUUUUUUAAUAUUUAGUUUCACCAUCAUCAUCAUUAUCAUCAUUAAUAUUAUUAUUAUUAUUAUUAUUAUGAUUAUUAUUAUUAUUAUUAUUAUUAUUAUUAUUAUUAUUAAAUAUCAUCAUCACUCUUACAGUAGUCCUCUGACAUGUUUCUGCAGACUUCUAUGAUAUUUUUAAAAUUAAUUAAUCCACCAAAAAAAAGAAAAAAGAAAAAAAAAAUUGGUGAGAUGUAUUAAGGAAACAUCAAAUAACAUUUCAAAAAAGAAAAAAAAAAAAGUAUUAGUUGUAAGUUUUGUGUCUUAAGAAAUAUUUUGAUAAAAAUAGUAUUAAAGAAGAAGAUGUUGUUAAACAAUGCAGUCAAAUAUAUAUAAACACACAAACACAUACACACACACACAUGUACUUCACAAACUGAAACAUUUUCUACAGUUUCCUUUCACUUAAGAACACUAUACCUUGAUGUAGUUUAAACAUUUUUGGAUUUCUAAUUUUGCAAAGAGAAGCAAUAUUGGGGAAACCAAACAGUUUUAAUAUCUUUUGACUGGUAUAACCCUAAGAUCUUGUCAUUGUUUUCUUCUUCCUAUGGACAAAAAAAAAAGAUGGGAAGGGUGAGUGUAAUGAAAUGAAUAUUUUUGCGUUUUUUUUUUUCCAACUUUUAUUAAUGAGUGCAGCUUUGAUAAUUUAAAAAAAAAACAAAUUUUAGUUAAUAAGUACUUAAGAUGAUUGCUCUUCCCUCUGAUGUGGUGGCAAAAUGGAAAAAUUUUGAAGGGAGGUAUGAAUGAACAAGCACAUUGUAUAUGUGUAUGCACAUUUGCACAUGCAUUCGUAUGCAUGCAUAUCUAUACACAGAAAAAAUAAAAUGCAAUGAUCUCCAUUCUCUUGGAGUUAUUUUUUUUUUAUAUAUAUAUAUAUAUAAUUUUGUUUUGAUGAUUGCUAGUGUUUUGAAAUAUGGUAUAAAAGCUUUCCACUUAUCAAUUUAACAGGAGGGGGACAUGCGUGCACACACACACAAAAUUAUGAUUUAAAGAGAAGAAAUGAAAUUAAAACUAUUGAAUUAGUGUUCAAAACCACAAAAUAGCAGAAAUGACCCUUGUCCUCAAUGUAUCUCUUUGUUCAGAAUUAUUUUAAGAUGCUUUGUUAUAUAGUACUAUAACUGCAUUUUCUGUUUUUGUUGUUUAAAGAAAGCAUUAAAUCUUUAAUUGAGGUAUGUUCCAUGCCCUGUUCAAGUGAAGUUUUCUCCAUUAUCUUUGCUCCAAGAAAAUCAAAGUUAGUGUCGACCAAAAAGUAAAAUUACAAACAAUAAAAUGUUAGCUGAGAAGGAAGGCCUAAAGAUGGUUUCUUGUUGCCAGUUCUUUACCUCAAAUACUAUGAGUAUUUAAAAAAAUAUAUAUAUAUUUCUCAUUUCAUGAGCAAGACAUUGAGUUACUGUGAGGCCAGUUAGAAAUUUAAUAAGAGAAUUUACACUAUUCAUUAUACCAAUUUCACUUCUUUUUAAAAUAUUCUCUUGCAUAUUUUACUAUCAACAGAACAGCUAAAUUUGUUUAUCUCCCUAUAAGUUUGUUUUUGCAGUAGACUUUUAAAAUCAAAAUUUUUUCAGUUACUUUUUUAUGUUCUUGUUUAGUUUAGAUUUUGUGGAGGUGUUGGAUUAAUUUACUGGAUUAUUGGAUUACUUUAACGAAAAGGCAUAUCUUUAUUUUUUUUUUAUAGAAUCGCUGAUCAAAAAUUUGGAAUAAAAUGAAAUAUUUAUUUUUCAAAAUUUGAUGAAAUUUAAUAUUUGAUGUUAGGCAAAAGAAGAGCAGUAAGAGCCUAAAAUUUAUUAGGUGGGAAAUUUUGUUGCAGAUAUUUACCUAAAUAUUUAUUUUCUUGUAACAAUAUUAAUUUAUGCACUAUUUUAAUUUAAUUUUCAGUUUACUGGUUUUGAAAGUUUGGAAAUUAAGUUUUGUUGUUGUUUUCAUUCACCUUAUUUAGUUUAAAUUCUUUCAGUUUGAAGUUCUUUGUAAAUGAUUUACUUUGGUCCCCUUUUCCUUAUCAAAUAGAUAUAAAAUUUCUUAGUCUACUUUUGAGUUGACCCUUCCGGUAUUUCUUAGUAGUGUUUAUAAGCAUCUAUUCUCUUCAACAAAUUUUGAAGUUAGAAUUUGAUAAAUCACAUAACUUUUAGUUGAUGUCAUUUGGGAAUUUUAAUUUAAGUUUUGAUUUUUACUUUUCAUUAAUCUAACUGACUUUUUUUUCAUACUAAAACAAUUAUAUUUUCUAUUAGAAAGCUGGAUUGUUCCUAACCCUCAUUUUCAGAGUAUGUUUAGAUUUUUUUUUUCUGCAAAGCAUGAGGUCAUCUUUUGAUAGAAAAGCAUUUUAUAAUCAAUCAGUUAAUCAGCUAGUUGUUAUUGUUGUCGUUAGCCAUUUAUUUAUCUUGUAUCUCAUUUCCAUUUUCAUCACAACCUUGACUACCUCUAUGGGACAUUUUAUUUAUUCACUGCUUCAAUGUAAUUUUUAACUCUUUGAAACUGAACAAUUUUGGAUACUUUAUAAUCAGCCUAAAUUUUAUAUAUAUAUAUAUAAUAUAUAUAUAUAUCUUUAUUAGUAAAUGGAGUGAAAAAGAUUUUUUUCAUUUAAUAUAUCUAAUAAUGAAAUAUAAAUGGAGAUGAUAAUAAUAAUUAUAACAAUAACAAUAAUAAUCUACCAGAAAAAAAAAUGUUUCAGACUUAAGUCAAAGGUGACUCUGUAUUGGCUGUUUGUAUUAAAUAAAUAGCAGUGUGAUGCAGAGCUACUCUGAUACAGAAGUUUUAAUGGACUCUUCCUUCUGAUAUACUUCCAAAAAAAUAAAUAAAAGAAGAAAAAAACAAACAAAAAAAGCAAAAAACAAGCAAACAAAAAAACACUGAUAUAAUAUGUCUCACUAAAUAUCAAUUAUAUUUACACACCAAAAAGACAGUUAAUUUUUUCCCCCCCUGUUUUUGAUUAUGAAACUAUUUCUUCUAAAAAAAAAAAAAAAAAUUGAAAUUACAAGAAACUAAGAAUAACAGUAGAAAUUAUUUUUUCUAUCUGUUGAUUUAGAAAUGUUGGGACGAAAACAUUGGAAAAUAUUUUAUUGUUGUAAAAUAUUUUAUAGAAAUAAACAUUCGAAAUAAUAUAGUGAAAGUUUAUUAACCAGUUUGAGUGAGAGAAAGAAAUAAAAAUCAUUGGACAAAUAAGAUAUGUCAUUUUUGAUAAACAGUUUCCCCUACAUGAAACGGUGACAUUUCCUCUUUAGUAAUUAGAUAUCUUCACAAAAACUACAGGUUUAAAAAUAUAUAAAGCUGUUUGUUGUUUGUUUCAGUAAUAUAAACUUUCUUUCCUUAUUGCAUUGUGAUCAUUUUCACAUAUUAAAUGUAUUAUUAUUAUUAUAAUUUUCUCUUUCUUUCUUUCUCUCUCUCUCUCUCUGCUUCUCUAUCACACAAAUGAUCUUUCUGACUGUUUUCAACAGAUGCCUUCAUCUCACCUAUGUCUUCACUGAUAUUUGCAUGUUUUGUUCCCUUCUUUGCUUCCCCCUUUUCAAAAUUAAGGUGAACAGUUCCACUAAAAGUAUUAUUUCUUGUGUUAUAUAUAUAUAUAUAUAUCACCCAGUGUGUCUUGCUGGAAUUUUUUUUAUUCUUCCCAUAAUGUCAUUCUUACAUAAGAAGGUGGUCCAGUAUUAUUGGCUCUAUUUUAGGUAGGUGACUGACUUCAAGAUUUCAGGCUACUUAACAAGACAGCAUAUAAAGGAAUGGUUGAUAAUUAAUCUGAAACACAACCAUGAACUUUAUAAUAAAUUUGCUUAUUAAAAUUUGGUUUCUUUCAAAAUACGAACUGGAAUUUUUA